AUGGAGGGCGAGACGGGCGCAGGCCUGCUGCCGACAGGCGCAGACGCGGGUGCUGUGGCAGAGGAAAAGGAUCUGGUGCGCUUUGAGCAGGCCGACGAGUUCCUCGCCAUCCUCCAUGGCCCCGAUUUCUUUCCCGAGAUGCUCGGCCAGGGUCACGUCGAGCGCGAAGAGGACGAGGAGCGGAUAAGGACAGCUAAGAGCGAGGCGGCUCUGAAACGGCUCAUGGACAUUCUCGAUUUGUACCAGGAGCAGUCGUACCUCCUCGAUCCCUACCUUGAUGCGCUGGUCAAGCCGCCUGUUCAGGCCCUGCAGGAGGUCGUUCGCGCUCAACACGCUGUUUCUCGCCCUUCGGCAUCUACUCCAAUGGCACAGCUGGACACGUCAGGCUCAUCUACACAGCGUCUCGCUCGACUGCUUUACUACUUUACCAAGGUCCGAGGCUACAAGACCAUCGUCCACUUCUUCCCACAUGCCGUUGGCGACCUUCAACCGACGCUGACGCUCCUCGAAACAUCUCUGGCUGCUCCCACUUCGAACUCGACGCCCUCGACGUGGUCGACAUGGGAAGUCCGAUACAUCCUUCUCCUCUGGCUCUCUCUCAUCUGCAUGAUACCCUUUGACCUCGUCAAGUUCGACUCAUCCCAGUCUUCCACCACUUCUUCAUCUUUGCCAGCUUCAUCGAGCGCAGCUACAUCGACGCAGAAACGCAUCGAGACAGUUGCAAAGGCUUUCUUGGCCAGUCCGGGAAAGGAAAGGGACGCAGCGGCGCUAUUGCUGGGCAAGCUUUUCCAGAGGAACGACGCUUCCAAGGAUGGCCUUAACCGCUUCCUUGGUUGGACCAGGGAGGUGCUUCUGCCGCCGUCUACGCCAUCGCAGGCCACGGGCAUCCUUCAGACAGUCUGCAGCGUGCUCAAGACGUCGUCCGCCGAGACGCUGGCACCGCACAUGGCAGAAAUCAGCCGUCUCCUCUCGCUCUUUUCCGCAGAUGAAGACGAAGCCAGAGACGCUGUCGAUGGUCGCGACCCCCCGGCGCCGGAGCUGUCCAGAAACAGCCUCGUAGCAAAGUACCGAGCGAAGAUGGCGUGUCGAAUGGGCAUCAAGGCGCUGCGUCCGAGAAGGAGACAGGUUCGAGGUCUCAAGGCGAGGCGGCUUGGCGAUCCAGCGAAGAAUGGUGACGCUGACAAGGAAGACAACGCGGACGAAGACGAGGAAGAAGAUGUGCCAGAGGAGCUGGACGGCUACAUCGGCAAGCUGCUAGACUCUCUCCAGGACAAAGAUACCGUCGUGCGAUAUUCUGCAGCCAAAGGGCUGGCACGCCUAUGCACGAGACUACCGCCAUUGUUCAUCGACCAGACAGCGCAGGCUGUGACAGACCUGUUCUCGAUCAAUGUGGUCGACUUCAUGGGCAAGCGACAAGAUCUCUCCAACGUCAGCGAACAUACGUGGCAGGGCGCUUGCUUGGCCCUCGCCGAACUAGCGAGAAGAGGCUUGUUGAGAGGAGAUGACCUUGGGGACAAGCUAGAAUGGGUGCAAAAGGCCCUCGUCUUUGACGUUCGAAGAGGCGCACACUCGGUUGGGACCGGUGUGCGCGAUGCUGCAUGCUAUGUCUUAUGGGCUCUUGCAAGGGCACACGAUGCUACCGCCAUUCGACCGUACGCCGAGAGCCUCUCGCACCAGCUAGUCUGCGUCACACUGCUAGACCGCGACGUCUCGAUCAGGCGAGCGGCCAGUGCGGCAUACCAGGAGUGCGUGGGCCGGCUUGGCCUCUUUGCGCACGGCAUCGAUGUGAUACGAAAGACGGAUUUCUUCGCAGUGAGCGUGAGGAGGAACGCCUUCCUGGAGUGUGCGCCACAGGUCGCCGUUCAUGCAGAGUACAGGGGUCCAAUAUUGGAGCACGCUUUGUCGACGACGGUCUUUCACUGGGACGUCGCGAUGCGCGAGCUUGGCGCCUCUGCAGUGGCAAAAAUUGCGCAGAUCGAUCUGGGCGACAUGGCGCCCAGAAUUGUUGAGAGAAUGAGGAGACGCUGCAACUCAAGAGACAUGCUUAUCCUUCAUGGCUCCCUCCUCACUCUUGCCGAACUUUCGGCUGCGUGCAGCAUUUGUGGCGACGCCGACAAGCUCGAGAGGUGCCGAGCAGACAGCUUCCGCGCUCUUGAUCUGGUCCCGCUCACCAGCCUUCGCACGCUUGGAAGCAUUCAUGUCCUUCGCGGUGCAUGUCGACUCAUCGAGACGGCUUGCUCCGCCCAGGUGCUCGCUUCUGGAGUUGGCGAGUCGACUACUCCAAAGACCACGGGCCCAAGAUGGGAGACAAUCCUACAGGUAGCCCUUGCGCGACAGGAGGAGGAGAUCCACCUCUCAGCAGCCCAAGCUUGGGGCGCCGUGAGCCAAUGUCGAAACUCCAAGGACUGUGCGACAUCGAUUCUGGAUCAGUGGAAGAGCUUCAACAUCGCGCAGCAACAAAGCCACGUCAGGGUCUUGGGUCACCUUCACUUCGCAAAGAUGGACAGCGACGGCACCGAAAUGCUUGUCAAGACCUUGAGCUUCCUUUUGGGCUUGAUCAGGAAGGGCUCGGCGAGCUAUUCGACAAACGUCGAGACGAGGCGCAACGCUGUGCUCUCAAUUGUUUCUUCACUGUGUCGCUGCAUUCAAACGGAGGGAGAGCUUGUUCGCGAGGCCCUAGGGAGGGCACAAGAGGUGGUUGAGGCUCUUCUGGGAGGCCUUGACGAUUACACGACCGAUGCACGCGGAGAUGUGGGCUCGUGGGUCCGCAUGGCUUGCCUUUCUGGCCUGGGUGAGCUCGUCGAGAUGUUUGACAGAUUGGAAAUUGCCUCCACGGCAUUACCGCAACAUCUCUAUGACGAGGUGAUCGCUGGUAUCAUGAAGCAGAUGGUCGAGCGGAUCGACGGCAUUAGAGCCGAGGCGGGCAAACAGCUUCUCGCCAUCAUUUACCGUCGAUCAAGCGAUGGCAACCCUACUGUGCAGCGACCAGAUCUCUUUGCUCGAGUCUUUCCCGUGGAUGACAGACCGGAUCCCACCUCUUCCUUCAAGGAUCCUAGAUGGAUCUUCCCGAAGGCGAUCGAUCUCUUGACCAUUCCAGCAUACAGGAGCAAGCUCUUGGAGGGCCUCGUGUUGAGCAUCGGGAGCAAACUAGAGAUGUCUGUGAGUUUUUACUCCGCUUCGCUUAGGAGCAGUGUGCUGAUCAUGUCUUUAUACCCACCCUUGAGUCUCGUGCAAGACCUUGCCCAACUUGCUUCGAAGCAUGUCUCGUCAAACAGGCUCUUCGUCCCGAUUCUGCAGACUGCUUUGGUGCUACUGCAAGGAGGGGCCUUCUCAGACGAUAAAACCGCCACUCAGGAGGUCGAGCUGCAGUUCAAGAAGCUUCUGACGCUAGCCAAUCGAUCCAUCGAGAAGAUCAAGAGCCCACAGCGGGUCCUCGCAUCGAUGCAGCUCACGCUUGAACUCAUUGGCUUUGCCGGCUCACCGGGCAGAAGCAUCGUCAGUGAUUCGAUCGGGCACGCCAAGAGCUUUCUCCUGCAUGCCUUUCCCACAGUCAGAGGCGCCACGGCCGACGCACUCUACAUCGUCGUGCAGGACCACUUUUACGAUGCCUUGCAGGAAGUCGAAGGUGGGGAAGAGGCGGAUGACCUACUUCUCCUUACACCUUGGGUGCAGAAGAGUCCUUUGGAACUGAAGCAAACCGCCGACCGACUCCUCCAACUCAUCACCAAGGCAGCCGGGAAGAUGAUGGAGUGA